AUGUUAAUCCUUAAUCAUUCUGACAAAGUGGAUUAUGAGUAUCGUUCUGUUGCCAAGAAGAUAAGAAAAGAAGGCAGGAAGGCAGGAAGGCAAGAAGACAAGAAGGCAGGAAGGCAAAAAGGCAAGAAGACAAGAAGGCAGGAAGGCAAGAAGACAAGAAAGCAAGAAAGCAAGAAGACAAGAAGGCAAGAAGACAAGAAGGCAAAAAGGCAAGAAGGCAAAAAGACAAGAAGGCAAGAAGACAAGAAGUCAAGAAGGCAAAAAGGCAAGAAGACAAAAAGACAAGAAGGCAAGAAGACAAGAAGGCAGGAAAGCAAGAAG